AAAACAUCGUCAUGUACACGUAUGUACACCUCCUGCAGUAUUGGCUAUAAGUACUAUAAACAUGAAUUUUGAGAAAGAUUUCGUGAACUCUUGAUAUAUCCUUAAUAGUACUGUUGACAAGAAUAAAGUCAAUUCUCAACCGACGGAUUUAACCUUUGCAUUAGGUAGCUCGUUACUGGAAGCUUCGUCUUCAAUCUUACCAACUAGGAAAUCACCAUGUUGGUGUCUACAGUCUCCCGGAUGCCUGUCUUCCUGUGGAGUGUGGGUGCCCUGUCUUUGCUUUCAGGAUCACUACCUUUUGUGGAUGUUCCAAGACAAUUGGGAUUUGUCUCACCUAGGCCCCAUGGAUGCUGCCUUAAAUUUUCUGACCUUGGAACCAACGCGACCUGUACUAGCCUGGAUCUCAGAUAUGUUCCUCAAGAUCUUCCAAUGAACACCAUAAUGCUUGAUCUAUCAUACAACAAGAUUACAACGCUCUACAAUGAAUCUUUCGUCUAUCUCAUAGACAUAAUCUCGCUCUGGGUAAUAGAAAAUCGUCUCCAACGGCUGGAGGAAGGAGUAUUCCAGCCCUUGAUUCAUCUAAAAGAAUUAUCACUGCAAAGAAAUCGGUUACUUUCUCUUCCCUCGGGCUUGUUAAGCUCAAACCGUCGUCUCUCAAAACUCUACCUCGCUGGAAACCAACUUAGUUUUAUCCCAAGUAGCUCGUUACCGUUGUCAAACAGUAUCACUUUGCUUGAUUUAGAUUCCAAUAACAUUUCCACCAUCAGUCCCCAUGAUUUUAGUCCUUUGGAGAAUUGCUCGUUGACUAGACUCUCUCUGAUGUUGAAUGCUUUACAUGAUCUGCCAUCCAGAGUAUUUUCAUAUUUGAAGAAAAUUGACACAUUGUCUCUUAAAGUAAAUGUCCUUUCUGAACUUCACAUUUCGUCACUUUUAGGAAACACCAACAUUCAAAGACUGUCGUUGGGAGGCUGUAAAAUAAAUGGUAUAGUUCCACUUAAUCACUCUUCUGUAACCCUAGAUGGCCUGCCUACAAUCAUUCAUUUAAGUUUGGCACCAAACAAGAUAAGUUCCAUAGCCGACUUCACAUUUUGGGGUUUAAAUCGUACAAAUGUUCUUGACCUUCGGUUUAACCGCAUUUCUGUGAUAUCAAAUAGAUCUUUUUGUGGAUUGGACCAGAUGAUGGAGUUAGAUCUAUCCCUUAAUCGAUUAGCUUCCUUAACCUCUGGUACGUUUUCCUGUAACAAAAUGUUACAGAGAAUAAAACUUGCCUUUAAUAACAUUGCUAGUUUUUCAACUGAUAUACUAUCUGGUCUACCUUCUCUAAGCUACUUAGACCUCACACAUAAUAAGCUCGGUGAUGUUGUGAGUAAUGAUUCUAUGAUAAUUCCUUCUCUGGAAUAUCUGGAUCUUUCUUACAAUGAAUUCAAAUUGAUCAACAAGUUUUUCCUUAGGGGUUUGACAAAUCUCAAAUUACUUAACGUGUCCCAAAAUGAAAUUCGUGAUCAAUACUCUGACUAUACUUUUACAAAGUUGGAAUACCUGACAGAGCUUUAUCUCACAAAUGAAGAUUUUCAAGGCAUAAAUACAGUUUUUAGCUCCAUGGUUCGUCUUUCUAAAUUGGAUUUAUCAUUUUCAAAAUUGCAUUUUUCACCCAAAAGUCCGUUCCAAAACACUACGUCUCUUGUGACACUGGUUAUGCGUGAAAACCAAUUAAAGAGUACACAUUUGUUUAGUAUGUCUAAUAAAUCAAUUUUUAUUGGACUGAAAUCAUUGAACAAGCUAGACUUAAGAGGGAAUUAUCUAUCUUUCUUGCAAGCAGGUACUUUCAGCCCUCUUGUUAAACUCAGAAUAUUAUGUUUGUCUGAAUGUUCUAUCAAGGUAUUAAGUCCCAGAAUAUUUAGCAGUCUCGCUUUCCUAUCAAGCCUGUAUCUAGACCAGAAUGAAAUCACGAUGAUACCUGAGGAUCUGCUUCAGAGGCAGCAUCGCCUGACUGUCCUAGACAUAAGCAACAAUGAAUUUGACUUGAUUCCUAGGACAUUGUUCAACGGAACUCCUUUUCUGCACAGCCUUUAUAUAGAUGGAAACAAGAUUUCCAAAAUUGAACCUAAGACUAUGUUUCCAAGUAACAGUACAUUGUCACUAGAUGCGUCUCGAAACCCCUUUUCCUGCACAUGUGACCUUAGUUGGUUUGUGCAGUGGGUCCGUUCUAGCAACGUUGAUAUCAUUCAUCCUAAUGACACACUUUGUUCACCCUCUUCAUUCGAAGAAGAAGUGCAUUCACCUAUCAUGACAUUCCAUCCCGAGCAGUACUGUGGCAUCAACGUUCUGGCUGCCACAUGUGCCCCCUUUGCAGUUGUCUUGCUUGCAGUGAUAUGCUUCAUGGCCUACCGGAAUAAAUGGUGGCUCAACUACAAGAUCUUUCUCUUAAAGCUAGCAAUCUGUGGUUACGAAGAAAUCAGCCAUGACUUUGAUUCACAGGAAUAUGAGUACCAGCUUAACAUUAUGUACAUUGAAGAUGACGAGGGAUGGGUGAACGAGGUCAUGAAGCCGGUCCUGCAGGAGAGGUUUCCACAUCUGCAAAAAGUGGUUUGGGGUGACAACAACCUCAUCAUCUCGAUGUUCUACAUCAACGCUCUCCAUUAUGCAACUGACAACAGCUUCAAGACUGUCCUGUUGAUUAGUUACAACUCGAUCGAUGAUGCCUGGUUCUUGACAAAGCUGCGCAUAGCCCUAGAGCAUCUUAACGACACCAGGCUGGACAAGGUCAUACUGAUUUUCCUUGAGGACAUCGAGGAUGAUGACCUUCCGUACCUGGUACGGUUGUUCCUGAGUAGGAACAAACCUUACAUGCUUUGGACCAAGAACAAAGAUGGCCAGGAACUCUUCUGGGCCCAAUUUGAAAAAAGCAUGAGCAAGAACAAGGCAUUCAAUAAUGUUAUUCCUGUUUAGCUUCGAUUCAAAUUGGCAACAGCUCUUUAACAGAUUUUGCUUUACAUUAAAGAAAAUAACAACAAACUGUGGUUUGUUGCAAAAAAUUUAUCAUGCAAAACUUGACCUGAAAAUUAAUUGUAUGAUAAAUUUUUGUUUGAAAAUAGAUUGAAAUACGUGAUCAAUGAUUAUUGUAAUAUUCUUUUAUUUCACUAAACAUUUUGAAAUAAUUUUGUGCCUACAGUAUUUCAAGGACGGAAAUGUGGAAAUCACUUAAACACUUACCAUUGAAUAAUUAUUAUGCUGAUCACAGGCAAAUAAAAAUUAACAGGUGUAGAAAUAAUUUACUUGAAUAAUUUGUUUCUUACCAUUAGCCAGAAAUUUGAAGA